AUUCCACGCGAGAAUAUACACGUCCGGAAGGGUCCUCUGGAACACUACUCAUCUUAAGAAAAAACUGAGUGGCCAUGGUCACUAAGAAAGCGGGACUGCCUAAUGGCACAUCUCACAACAACUCGUCACAGAAAGAAACUGGAAGCGCAGACACAUCAGUGCCACUCGAAAGCCACCCAAAUUGGGUCUCGCUGCUAGAACAACCGCUCCACACGCCACGCCCAUUAAAAAUCAUCUGCGUUGGCGCAGGCUACUCUGGCCUAACACUUGCCCACAAAAUAAAGCACGAGCACAAACUUUCCGACAUCCUCGACCUGACAAUCUACGAGAAAAACUCCGAUGUUGGAGGUACAUGGUUCGAGAACCGCUAUCCAGGCGUAGCAUGUGAUGUUCCUGCGCAUUGUUACACCUUCCUGUUCGAGCCCAACCCCGAUUGGUCCCACUUUUACGCUUCAGGCCCGGAGAUCCAGGCGUACAUCAAGCGGACGGUACGCAAAUGGGACUUGGAUGAGCGUGUGCAGUUCAAUUCGAAGAUUGUGGAGGCGGUUUGGAAUGAAGACGCGGGCAAAUGGCGCAUCAAGGUCGACCAAGCUGGGACAGUUAAGGAGGAUGAGGCGGAUAUUCUCAUCAAUGGGGCUGGGUUUUUGAACAAGGCCAGUUGGCCGAGAAUCGAAGGCCUCGAUGAUUUCCGGGGGAAGAUCAUGCACACUGCGGAAUGGGACACCAGCUAUGAUUGGCAUGGUAAGAGGGUCGCAGUCAUCGGCAACGGCUCAUCGGGUAUUCAAUGCGUUGCUGCCAUGCAGCCGAAAGUCUCGAGGCUCGUCAAUUAUGUCCGCAAUCCGACAUGGAUCUCCAUCAACUUCUUGGCAGAUGAUGCCCAAAAUGGCAAAAACUAUGCUUACAGUGAGGAGCAAAAGAAGCGGUUUAGAGAGGAUCAUGACUAUCACUUCGCGUACAGGCGGAAUCUCGAGGCCAACGUGAACAAGUUCUACUUUGGCAUGUUGACCGGUCAUCCCGCUCAAACGGCUCUUCAAGCCGCCAGCAAAUCUCAAAUGCAAGAGCGGAUUGACAAGCUGCAGCACGCGCACUUCAAGCCGGAAGAGCUGAUCCCGCAAUUCAAGCCCGGCUGCCGGCGUCUCACACCCGGCGACGGUUAUAUCGAAGCUUUUGAUGCGCCAAACUGCAGCAUGAACCGGAACGCGAUCUCGCGAGUUACGCCGCGGGGAAUCCUGACUGCCAACGGCGUCGAAGAAGCCUUCGACAUGAUCGUCUGUGCCACGGGCUUCGAUACCAACUUCGUGCCCAGCUGGAAGCUUGUCGGGCGUGAUGGCGCGACACUCGAGGAGCGCUGGAAGACGGAUCCGCAGGCUUUUUUCGCUGUGCAGGUUGACUCGAUGCCGAAUUUCUUCAUGUUCAAUGGCCCGAACUGCCCCAUUAGCCAUGGAAGUGUGCUGACGCAGAUAAUGUGGACGUGCGACUAUAUUCUGCGGUGGGCACGCAAGAUUGCGACCGAAGAUAUCAAAUCCGUCGAACCGCUUCCUGCUGCUGUCAGGGAUUACAACGUCUGGGCCCAGGAGUUCCUCAAGCGGACGACCUGGGCUGAUGAAUGCCGGUCUUGGUACAAGAAUGGAAAACACAUCGGGUGGGUGACUGGCCCGUAUCCGGGGAGUAUUUUGCACUUCAAGGAGUGUCUGGAUCAUAUGGGUGGUGAACACUUUGACGUGCGCUACCGCAGCAAGAAUCGCUUCCGUGGUUUGGGGAACGGGUUGACCAAGAUUGAGGGGAAUGGUGAGGGGGAUACGGCGUGGUAUAUGGAGGAGACGAGGUUGAAGUAUAAGCUGUGAGAGAACUGAUCCUUUCAGGGAGCUCGUGUUGGUACACUAAAUUUUAGGCAUUUGAGGUGUGAGUAAGUGAAAGAUAGGUAGAUUGUAAACCUUUAGCCGUGGCAAGGGAUUUCUGGAUACUGGAAAAUUAGCGCUUACUGCGUAUCUACAAUAUAUGAUGCGCAUCCCUGGAUAAGCGCAAGGCCGUUCUUUGCAG